AUGGCCUGGGAUCUCUGUUCUAUCUCACGCUGGACGUGCUUGAGACUGACUGCCAUGUUCUCAGUAGGAAGGCAUGGCAAGACUGCACAGUGAGGUUGUUUCAUAAAUCGGUGAGUGCUUGUUUUCAUAAACCAUUAAGGGCCCUAGGGAAGGCAAGUAGGUGCCUCUUUCUACAGGGUCAAGAAAUGUAGAAAGAAAUGUAGAUUGCUCAAUGUCUGCCAUCUUUCAAAUGUCCCACUUUAUAAUCUCCUGGCAGGUGCCCAUGAGUUUAUUUUAAUGCUCUAGACAGAACAAAGUUUAACUCAUGAGAGGGGUUUCUGAGAAGUCCUAUUGAGGUCAUACAGAACAGAAUGGAAAGGCUGCCCCCAAGACUUUUUUUUUUUCCCUCCAAGACCCUCCUUUUGGCUCUGAACCAGAGUUUAAAUUGUGAGAAAAAGACCUGAGGUGUGAGUAUCCUGGAUGUGGGGUUAAUGUAGACUGCAGAAGCAAUGGAGGUAGAGCUUUGUCUACUUGUUUUAUUUGGUUUUGUUUUGUUUUAAUAGACACUGAUGUGAGUUUUGAGGGGAGGAAAAUGGAUGACUUGCAGUAUGAAAGCUCUCAAGAGUGCCAUGUUUAUGGUCAAUGCAAAGCAAUAUUUUAUAUGAACAACCCAAGUAGAGUUCUCUAUUUAGCUGCUUAUAACUGUACUCUUCGCCCAGUUUCAAGAAGAAAGGUUCACAUGAUGUGUCCUGACUGCCCAAGCCCCUUACCCACCGACUCUUCACAUCCCCAAGUUUUGGAGGCUGCCAUCAAGUCUCUUGCAAAAUACAACAAUGGAAGCACAUCUAAGCAGUAUUCUCUCUUCAAAAUCACCAAGGCUUCUAGCCAGUGGGUGGUUGGCCCUUCUUACCUUGUGGAAUACCUAAUCAAAAAAUCACCGUGUACCAAAUCCCAGGCCAGCAGCUGUUCACGUCAGUCCUCUGAUUCUGUGCCUGUUGGUAUUUGCAAUGGUAAUUGGAUCCAAGCAGGUUUGGAAGAGUUUGUCUCUGCGACUUGUGACUUCUUUGAAUCACAGGCUCCAGCCACUGGAAGUGAAAACUCUGCUGUUAACCAGAAACCUACAAGCCUUCCCAAGAUGGAAGAAUCCCAGCAGAAAAACACACCCACCACAGACUCCCCCUACAAAGCUGGGCCAAGAGGAUCUGUCCAAUACCUUCCUGACUUGGAUGAUGAAAAUUCCCAGGAAAAGGGCCCUCAAGAGGCCUUCCCUGUGCAUCUGGAUCUAGCCACGAAUUCUCAGGGAGAAAUCCUGGAUGUUUCCUUCCUCUUCCUGGGGCCUGUGGAGAAGAAGCUGGUUGUCUUGCCUUUCCCCAAAGAAGCACGCACUGCUGAGUGCCCAGGGCCAGCCAAGAAUCCUAGCCCUCUUGUCCUUCCGCUGUGAGAAUCACACAGAGUCUUCUGUAGGGGUAUGGUGCACCACAUGAGAUGAGAGGCAGUGGAGACAAUGGACAGAGACAGAGUGCCCACACAUAAAGAGCGGCUAAUGAAGGACACCUUUUUGACUCUUCUUGGUCUCAGCAUGUUGACUGGGAAUGGAAAUAAUGAGACUGAGCCCGCCCUUGGGCUGCACUCUACCUUGUACACUGCCUUGUACCCCGGGCUGCAUCCCCUUCUAAACUGAGCAGUCUCAUGCCAUGGAUAGAUGCCUCUUGUAUGUCUUCAACCACUCACUUAGAAAGAUUCUUAUCCUUUCAGCAGUAUAUAUGUGCUCAAAUCUCAGCAUGAAAGCCUUGCAUGAGUAAAGAUACUUUCCCUAACA